AUGAUUUAUUUUAAAGUUGAUGGUAAGGAAAUAAAAUUAAGGUUUUAAUAAAUGUUAUUUGAACAAAAAUAAUUUGCGUAUAAAAUAAAAUAAAGAUAUCAUGAAAAAUUACAAGAAAGUAAAUUAUACGCCAAUAAUUUUAUUUAGCUGUAAGAAUUAAUAAUGAAUAUGUUCCAUUAAUAUAAAGAUAACGAAAAAUACAAAAAAUAAUAAGUAAAUGUUAUAUCUAUGGAUUAAAGAUAUUAAGAAACAUAUAAAAAUUGAUAUAAAUCGUAAUAAAGAUUAAUUGCAAGCAAAUCACUAGAAUUAGGAAAGACUUUUAAUUAGAGGUUUAAUUUUGUUAAUUUGUAGAAAAAGUAGUAUAAUUUGAAUUAAUAUUGCUAAAACUUGAAUAAGAAAUAUCAGAAAUAUAAGGAACAUCAGAAAAAUAAGAAAAUAAUAAAUAAUUAAGAAUAAUAAGUAAAGUUUAUCUGAUUUUUUGAGGUUUAAUAUAGGAAUUGGAAAAUUUAGAAGAAACUAUCGAAUAUUAGAUUGUUGAAGCAAAACAUUAUUUAAUAAAAGGUAUAAUCUUAAGCAAUUUAAACAAAGCAUAAGCCUUAGAAAAUUUGAAUAGAUUUGAAGAAGCUUUAAUGAUAUAUGACAAGGCAAUUUAAAGAUAUCCUAAUAAUUCAAGAUUAUAUGCAGAAAAAGGUUUGAAUAAUAUCAAGGAUUUUAGCAAAGACUUUAAAAUUUAUGAUGCUUCCUUAAUAAGCCCUUUAAUACGAUGAAAAAGUAAUCGAUAUGGAUCCAUAAAAUGCAGACAAUUAUGCAAAAAAAGGUAAAGAUUUAAAUUAUAUAAAUUUAGCAUUCACAUUAUUAUAAUUAAAUAGACAAUAAGAUGCGUUGAAUUGUUUUGAGAUUGCUAUUGAAAAAAAACCUAAUGAAUCAAAAUAUUAUUAUGGAAAAGGUGUUAAUUAAAAUAAUUAUAAGGAUGUGCUUUAAAAUUGUUGUUUCGUUUUGAUGACUGUUUAAUUUCUCUUGAUCAAGCAAUUUAGAUUAAUCCUAAAGAAUCUCUUUUAUAUGCAGAAAAAGGUAAAAUUAAGUUGAAAUAAAAAAAGCUGAUGCAUUAGGAAGAAAAGAUAAUCUAAAAGAAGCAUUGGUUUAAUACUGUAAAGCUAUUGAGCUAGAUCCUUCAAAUUCUAAUUAUUAUGCAGGAAAAGGUAAUUUUAAUUUUAUUUUCAAAAUUUAGCUCAUAUUUUACAACUCAUGAAAAGAUUCGUUGAAGCUUUGGAUGAAUGGGAAUAAGCAAUUAGUAAAAAUCCUGAUAAUCCAAUUUAUUAUUCUGGAUAAGGUGGAAAUUAUUCAUUAUUAUUAGCAUAUGCUUUAAGACAAUUGGAUCGAGACAAAGAAGCUAUCCAAUCAUAUGAUUUAGCCAUUUAAAAAAAUCCUGAAAAUAGUAAGCAUUAUUCAGGAAAAGGUUGAAUAAAAAAUUAUAUCUUUUAAGCUUAUUCUUUAAGAAAAUUGAAACGUCAUAAAGAUGCUUUGAUUUGUUAUGAUAAUGCAAUUUUUUAUAACUCUAAUGAUUCUUAUGUUUAUGCCUAAAAAGGUUAAAUAUAUAUAGAUAUUUUUCAAUUAGGUAUUACAUUAAGAGAUAUGAAUCUCUAUUAAGAAGCCUUAGAAUGCUUUGAAUAAGCUAUUUAAAAGAAUAUAGAAGAAUAAGAAUAUUUUAUACUUAAAGGUUUGUUUUAUAAUUAUUUUUAACUAGCUGAUACUUUAAGAUUAAUGAAUAAACCAAUAGAAGCAUUGGAUUGUUAUAAUGAAGCUAUUUAAAGAGCUCCAAAUGAUGAAAGAUUUUAUGCAGCAAAAGGUUAUUGUUAAAUUUGACUAUAUAAAGCAUAAGCAUUAAGACUUUAGAAUAAGUAUUUAGAAGCUUUAAAAUUUUUUGAUUAAGCUAUUCAAAAAAAUUCAGAAAAUUCAACUUAUUAUUCAGGAAAAGGUAAAAUUACAUAAUAUAAUAGCUGAUACACUAAGAGAUUUGAAUCGUCAUGAAGAAGCUUUGAAAUAUUUUGAUUUAGCAAUUUAAUACAACCCUGAACAUUCAGAAUAUUAUGGAGGUAAAGGUAAGAAUAAACACAAUAAUAAUAGCUGAUUCAUUAAGACAUUUAAAUCGUUUAGAGGAAGCGUUAUAAUAUGCUGAUCUAGCUAUAUAGUGGAAUGAUAGUUUGGCUGACAAUUAUGAACUAAAAGGUAAAUAAAAUAUGUUUUAUAUAAUAGCAAAUAUCUUAAAGUUUAUGUAUCAUAUUCGAGAAGCUUUGUAAUAUUUUGAUUUAGCAAUCCAAAAGAAUCCUAAAAAUCCAAACUAUUAUGCUGAAAAAGGUAUAAAUAAAUAUUGAUUAAAAAUAAUUAAAGCUGAUACUUUAAGAGUAAUUCAAUAAUUUGAAGAAGCUUUAAAAUCUUGCAAUUUAGCUUUAAAUAUUGAACCAUAAAACUUAAAUUAUAUAUAAAUUAAAUGUAAUCCAAACUAUAUUUUUAGUGUUAACUUUAAUUCAAAUGAAACAUCAUAAAGAAGCAGCAGAAUAUUAAUAAUAAUUACAAUAAAUAAUUCCAAAAAAAGUUUUAAAUAAUUUAAAUUGUGAAAAUAAUUGA